AAAAGUAGAGAGAGGUCAAAAGCUCAUCAACUCAACCCUAAAAUUUCCAGUGAUGAAAUCAUCUGCUCUGAUCCGAACCAGUUCCAUCGGCGCCACCGUUUCCGCCUCCCCCAGAGUCUCCCUCUCCGGCGUAUUUUCCGGCGAGAAGACCGCCGCCUCCUCGUCUCCUCGGAUCCGCCUCCAGUUCGACGCCAACAGCCACCGCGAUAGGGACACCAUCCGGCGAGCGCUCUCGGAGAGCAACAUCCUACGAUCGGACUCCGGCAAGCCGAGAAGGUUGCCGGGGAGCGGGAUUCCGGAAGACGCGGUGGAAUCUCCCGCCGGAGGUUACGUCAGCAAAACGGCGACGGUGGAGAGAGAAGAGCGGAGGAAGAUGGGAGCGUAUUAUCAGGAGAUGCUUAAGGCUAAUCCCAGUGAUCCUCUGCUGCUCAGAAACUACGGCCAGUUCCUCCACGAGGUGGAGAAGGAUACGGUGCGAGCUGAAGAGUACUACUGCAGAGCGAUAUUGGUGUGUCCCGGAGACGGCGAGGUGCUGUCGCUGUACGGGAAGCUGAUAUGGGAGAGCCAGAGGGAUAAGGAUCGGGCUAAUUCUUACUUUGACCGGGCGGUUUCGGCUGCACCUGACAAUUGCAUGGUUUUGGGAUCCUUUGCAAGCUUCAUGUGGGAAGCAGAGGAAGAAGAAGAAGAGGAUGAAGAAUUCAACAGUAACACAACGGCUCAAGACUCAUCAGCAGCUCAGCUUGUUUCAGCAUGUUAGCAGGAACUUGAUGUGAUGUCUAUAUGUCACAGUUUCUUGCGCCAAGUAACAUCAGGAUGAGAAAAGGCUUUAUAGCCUUAUGUAACACUAACUAACGUGAAGAAGAAGAGGAAGAACGAGAACGAAUAACAAUUAGCUAUGGUAAUAGAGGAUGUACGUAGGUACGGAUUCACGCACCUAGCCGACUCAUAUCUCUAAGUUAUAGCCAAGAUUGUGAAAAGAUCUUCGAGAGGAUCAGAGUUGGAGAGUUCGUCGAUCUGUCUCCAUGUGUUUGUUGUAUUUGUCUUCUGCUUUCUUUGUAAAUCUCUCAUGUCAAUAUAUGCUAAUCGAAUGUAUUCCUUUUCUGCC